CCCAUUGAGACUGACGUAGCAUGGCAGCGGUCGGGCACGUCGGCAUGCAAAAAGGAAACAAUAGAGACUCUCGCAGCCGAGUUUUAUAAUCUGGAAAAGGACACUCUUAUUUAAGGCCGAAUUUCUGCUUCCUGGUCCGCUCACAAGAUGCCGCGACGUGUCGUUAAGCAAGGAAGGGUGACGCGAAGAAGCUAAUGUGUCUCGUGCUGUUAGCCUGUAGCUGGCUGUCACUAUACUUUUAUUAAGGUGAAGGAAUCAUGACACAGGAAGUCGGCGUGUGUUCGGUCACCCUUGGAGUGGAGGGCAUGACUUGCGGCUCAUGUGUCCGGUCCAUAGAACAGCGCAUUGGUUCUCUCCAGGGUGUCAUACACAUAAAGGUGUCUUUAGAGCAGAAGAAUGCCACAGUCAUUUUCAAGGACAGCCAACAGAGCACAAUGUCCUUGUUGGAGGCCAUUGACGACAUGGGCUUCGAAUCAAGUUUACCUGCAUCCACUUCAGCCACAUGUGUCUCCACUGACAACCAGCUCAUCCCCACAUCAGGACUGGAACCUGCAGCCCGACAGGAUGCUUUGGAGAAGCUGUCUGAGAUGCUAGGAGUACUAGAUGUUCAGGAGAGCCUAACUGAAGAAGGUGUCAUCGUCACGUUUGUGUCAUCUUUGACAUCCAAGCAGCAGCUCACUGAAGUUGUCACAGACAUAUUGUCAUCCGAGAACGCCACACUCGGUAGCCCCGUCCAAAAAGACCCGUCGGUGUCUCCGUCUCACAACACGGCAAGCAAAGCCGCGCUUGUGAAGAUGAGCAUUCAAGGCAUGACCUGUCACUCCUGUACGACCACCAUUGAGGGAAAGAUUGGGAAACUGAAAGGGAUUGAAAAAAUUAAAGUCACUUUGGAGUCUCAGGAAGCAACAAUAGUGUACCUGCCUUACCUCAUCAGUGUCCAGACCAUCAUCAACCAGAUUUCUUUAGCCGGCUUUAAGGCUUGUGUCAAGUCCAAACCACGCCCCCUGCAGCUAUCCCUCAGUGAAGUUGAACGUUUUGUUCAUACUCGAAAACCCAGCCCUUCUUCCCCGUCAGAGAUUUCAUCGGAGACCGAAAUCUUCAUUGACACCGUGCUCGUCACGCUUGCGGUGAAAGGCAUGCACUGUCGAUCAUGUGUGGUCAAUAUCCAAGACAACAUCUCCACGUUGCCUGGUGUAUCAUCUGUAGACGUCUCUCUGGAGGAGGAGAAAGCCUCCAUUUGCUACGACCCCUUAAGAGUCACAGUGCUUCAGCUGCGGCAAGCAAUUGAAUCCCUUCCUCCGGGAAACUUCAAGACUCAACUUUGGGACUCUUCUGCCUCGUCUCCGCUUACGUUAUCAUCAACUCAGACGUUUGGAGCGUUCCAAGCCAAACCUGCUGUAUCCCAGCCUUGCUUCAGCCAACCUCUUGCAUCCACGGCGAAUAUACGCAUUGAAGGCAUGACAUGCAAUUCCUGUGUCCAGUCCAUCGAAGGAAUGAUGUCUCAAAGGAAAGGUGUGAUGUCAGUGAAGGUCUCACUGGCUGAUCAUCAGGGCGUCUUUGAAUACGACCCCCUCCUGACAAGCUCAGAAGAGCUGAGGGAUGCCGUAGAAGACAUGGGCUUUGAUGCCUUUUUACCUGAGACCAAUUCUCUGCUACCUGUAUCGGGUCCCAGUGUCCUCAAGCCUUCCAGUGUAGCGCCUAUUAAAGAUAAGGACAUCGACCUCCUUAAAGAGACGCCACUGGAACACCAAACGAACAAGCGAGACAAACAUUCCAAGUGUUUCAUCCAGAUCCGAGGCAUGACUUGUGCGUCCUGUGUGGCAAAUAUUGAACGAAACCUCAAAAAUGAACCGGGUAUAUUUUCCGUACUGGUAGCACUAAUGGCGAGCAAGGCUGAGGUGCGGUAUAACCCGGAAACGAUCGACCCGAUGAAGAUCGCCGAGUGUGUCAAAGAGCUCGGCUUCUCCGCUUCGGUUAUGGAGAACUAUGAAGGUUCAGAUGGGAACCUAGAAUUAGUGGUCAGGGGAAUGACGUGUGCCUCUUGUGUCCACAAAAUUGAGUCCACCCUCAUGAAAGAAAAUGGGAUCAUAUAUGCCUCUGUGGCCUUAGCGACCAACAAAGCACACGUUAAGUACGACUCUGAAGUGAUAGGACCAAGAGACAUCAUCAAGCAGAUUGAGAAUAUGGGUUUUGAAGCAUCUUUGGUGAAGAGGGACCGUGCCGCCAGCCACUUGGACCACAGCAAAGAGAUACGACAGUGGAGGAAAUCGUUCCUGGUGAGCCUCAUAUUCUGUGUGCCGGUGAUGGGUAUGAUGACGUACAUGAUCAUCAUGGACCACCAGAUGAGCAUUUCACACCAACAUAAUACCACAGCUGAAGACCGCAACCUCUUCCACUCUACCAUGUUCCUGGAAAGACAACUUCUCCCGGGCCUCUCCGUCAUGAACUUGCUGUCUUUCCUCUUCUGUGUCCCCGUGCAGUUUAUCGGCGGUCGCUACUUCUACAUUCAAGCCUACAAAGCAGUGAAGCACAGAUCUGCCAACAUGGAUGUACUUAUAGUACUGGCGACCUCCAUCGCCUUCACAUAUUCCUUAAUCGUACUCAUAGUGGCCAUGGUGGAGAAAGCAAAAGUCAACCCCAUCACCUUCUUUGACACGCCACCUAUGCUCUUUGUCUUCAUCUCAUUGGGACGCUGGUUGGAACAGAUAGCUAAGAGCAAAACAUCUGAGGCGUUAUCCAAGCUGAUGUCUCUCCAAGCUACUGAAGCCACAGUGGUUUCACUCGGUAGCAACUCCUCCAUUUUAAGUGAGGAGCAGGUAGAUGUUGAACUGGUGCAGAGAGGAGAUGUGGUAAAAGUAGUUCCCGGAGGAAAGUUUCCCGUCGAUGGAAGAGUUAUUGAAGGGCAUUCCAUGGCGGAUGAGUCUCUCAUUACAGGUGAAGCCAUGCCUGUGACUAAGAAACCUGGGAGUUUUGUGAUUGCGGGCUCCAUUAACCAGAACGGCUCCCUGUUGGUCAGCGCGACACAUGUUGGCAUGGACACCACGCUGUCACAGAUUGUCAAACUUGUUGAAGAGGCUCAAACCUCAAAGGCUCCCAUUCAGCAGUAUGCGGAUAAGAUCAGUGGCUACUUUGUACCCUUCAUCGUCGGGGUGUCAGUCCUGACAUUGAUUUCCUGGAUUGUAAUUGGGUUCCUGGAUUUCCCUCUUGUGGAAAAGUACUUUCCAGGUUACGACAAGAGCAUCUCCAGGGCAGAGGCGGUGAUUCGUUUUGCCUUCCAGGCUUCCAUUACUGUCUUAUGCAUCGCCUGCCCUUGUUCCCUCGGCCUUGCAACCCCGACGGCCGUAAUGGUGGGCACUGGGGUUGGAGCUCAGAAUGGCAUCCUGAUAAAAGGAGGGGAACCUCUGGAGAUGGCACAUAAGGUCCAGUCAGUAGUGUUUGAUAAGACGGGAACCAUUACCUAUGGCGCUCCAAAAGUGAUCCAGGUCAAGAUAGUCGUGGAAGGCAACAAAAUGCCUCGCUCUCGGCUGCUCGCCAUCGUGGGGACGGCUGAGAACAACAGUGAGCAUCCUCUGGGAGCGGCUAUCACCAAGUACUGCAAACAGGAACUCGCCACAGAGUCGCUUGGAACAUGCACAGACUUCCAAGCUGUGCCGGGUUGCGGCAUUCGGUGUCAGGUCAGCAACACGGAGAUGCUAUCAAAGCACACGGAUAGCGACAGCGAGGAUAACAACCAGCGCAACAGCGUCCUUGUUCAGAUCAGCGAUACCUGCACUUCGACCAGCGCCCAUCCUCUUAUUAUGGACCCACAGCCACUUAGUAUUGUGCAGACUGCAAGCUACGUCGUUCUAAUUGGAAAUCGAGAGUGGAUGAGCAGGAAUGGUCUACAAGUCCGACCCGAUAUUGAUGACGCCAUGACAGAGCAUGAGCGCAGAGGACGCACAGCGGUCCUAGUCGCCAUAGACAAUCUUCUGUGUGCCAUGGUCGCCAUAGCAGACACCGUAAAACCAGAAGCUGAGCUAGCAGUCCAGACUCUUACCAACAUGGGCCUGGAAGUGGUUCUGAUGACGGGAGACAACAGCAAGACCGCACGGGCCAUUGCGGCACAGGUGGGCAUCAGGAAGGUGUUUGCGGAGGUGCUGCCCUCCCACAAGGUGGCCAAAGUGGAGCAGCUCCAGCAGGCGGGAAAGAGGGUUGCCAUGGUGGGAGACGGCAUCAACGACUCUCCGGCUCUGGCAAUGGCCGACGUGGGCAUCGCCAUAGGAACCGGAACAGAUGUGGCGAUUGAGGCAGCAGAUGUGGUGUUGAUCAGGAAUGACCUCCUGGAUGUCGUCAGCAGCAUUGACCUUUCUAAAAAGACGGUCAAGAGGAUCAGGAUCAACUUUGUCUUUGCACUCAUCUACAACCUGGUUGGCAUUCCCAUCGCUGCAGGUGUGUUCCUUCCUAUUGGUCUGGUGUUACAGCCGUGGAUGGGCUCUGCUGCCAUGGCGUUGUCUUCUGUCUCUGUGGUUUUGUCCUCCCUUCUUCUGAAAUGCUACACCAAGCCCAGUGCGGAGAAGCUGGAGGCCCGAUUGGGCAACACCAGGCGACAGGGCAGCCUCUCCGACGUCAGCGUCCAUAUCGGCAUGGGCGAGCUACGACGACCCUCUCCUAAGCUCAGCCUCCUCGACCGCAUCGUCAACUAUAGCCGGGCGUCCAUCAACUCGCUGCGCUCCGACAAGCACUCGAUCCACAGCUUGGUCCUCAGCGAGCCCGACAAGCACUCGCUCCUGGUGGGGGAGGCUCAGUGUGAAGAGGAGUUCUGCUGAAGUUUACGUGGUCCGCCAAAUGUUUGAAGGAGCUUCACGUUGUUAAAGGCCUUAGCUUCGUGCUGCGGGUGCACUCGGCUUCUUGUGUAUCUUCACGCUCAACCAGCUGAUCGCAAGCACUUCCGAGCACGCUUCACAUCUUUUUUGUUGAAGUCUGAGCUCUAGGGCGCCCUCUCCGAGACGCCGUCUUAACACUUUGCUGUGUUUUUGGUCCAAAAGAGUGACCCCAAAGAAUUCCAAAAGCCUAUCCAAAGACAUGUUUUUAGCCCUUUUCCCCUUCUGUGUUGUUUAAUUGUGAUAUUUAUAUUUACCUUAUUUAUCUUCUUCUCCAUUGAAAUCAACGUGGGGCAAAAACGGGAAUGCAAACCUUGCAGAAGUUGCAUUUUAAAAUCUCAACAAGUAUCAUCAGUCAGUGAUGCUUUAGAGUGAAGAUGGCGGAUGUAGUCCGUGUUAGUGCCCGUUGGAAAAUCCAGCACAUUCCAAAGAGCGCACCUCGGACACGACAGGCUUUAUAUGUUUCCGUGGCAACGGUGUACGUGUCAGCCUGCAGCUGCUUAACUAAUGAUGGGAUCUGUUUGUGUUUCUCACAUCUUCAUUUGCUGUUACACGAGAACGUCUCUGUGCUGAGAUUUGGCUCAUUGCCGUGCUGUUUGUCUUCUACACGCCAUUGUUAAGUGCAUUAGUACAAGUUGGAUGGCGUUAGCGUUACUGCUUCAGAGCGUAUGGCCGUAGUGUCACGUUAUCAUUUAAUAAUCAAAUGCGUAGAAAUUAUAUCAUCUGAAGCACUAACUGAAUGUUACGGGUGGUCACUGGGGGUGUCACAAGGUUGUAACGUGAUAAGAUUUCUCAUUCAGAAAAAAAGAUGUCAUGGGCACUAGGCCUGGGACGAAUUAAUUAAUUAGAUAAUUAGUUAAUUUUAAUUAAUUUAACAAUUAAUUUUAAUUAAUUUAACAAUUAGUUAAUUUUAAUUAAUUUAACAAUUAGUUAAUUUUUAUUAAUGUAACAAUUAAUUAAUUUUAAUUACUUUGACAAUUAAUUUAAAUAACUUUGACAAUUAAUUUUAAUUGAUAAUUAAUAAAAUUUAAUUGAUUUGAUAAUAAAAUUUAAUUGAUUUGAUAAUAAAAUUAAAUUAAUGUAAUAAUUAAUUAAACCCAAUUAAUAAAAAUUAACCCGAUAAUUUUGCCAUGUAUGUAUGCCUGUUUUCCUCAUCUGUCGCCUCCAGAUAGGAAGAGGGUUCACUCUGUGCAUUUCUUUCAGCACCUCAGUGUGUUUGUUCCCCAGAACAACAACUCGGUGGGUGGAGGCGGGGCCGCUAGCAUGCACACAAAGUGCUGAAAAUGAAACAUUGUAUAAAUUAAAUUUGUAGAGUUGUAUAUGUGCAGUAUAUUGUGAUGUAUAUUAUAAGAAUUCUCAUUCAGAAAAAAAAUGUGGGCACUAGGUAUGGGACGAAUUAAUUAAAUUUAAUUAAUUUGAUAAUUAAUUAAAUUAAAAAAAAAUUUAAUUUGAUAAUUAAUUAAAUGUAAUUAAAUUUGAUUAAAUUUAAUUAAAUUUAAUUAAUUUGAUAAUUCCUUCAAUUUAAAUUAAUGUGAUAAUUCAUUAAAUUUUAUUAAUGUGAUAAUUCAUUAAAUUUAAUUGAUUUGAUAAUGCAUUAAACCCAAUUAAUGAAAAUGAAUUAGAUAAUUUUGCCAUGUAUGUGUGCCUGUUUUCCUCAUCUGUCACCUCCAGAUAGGAAGAGAGUUCACUCUGUGCAUUUCUUUCCGCACCUUAGUGUGUUUGUUCCCUAGAACAACGACUCGGUGGGUGGAGGCGGGGCCGCUAACAUGCACACAAAGUGCUGAAAAUGAAACAUUGUACAAAUUAAAUUUGUAGAUUAUAGUAUAUUUUUUAAUUGAAUUUCUAUUUUCUUUAUGAUGUUAAAAUCUUGUUGCGUUGACCCAAUCUUGUGUAUCGUCUCGUGACACCCCUAGUGGCUACAGUUGUAAUUACUGCUUUAGUUUCAGCCUUUUUAAAUGUCUACAGUGCAGCCCGGUUUUAGUUUUUAUGUAAUUGCUGCCUCAUUCCGUAGACGCAUCGCCUUCCGAAGCGCCAUGCCGGCCUGUUUGAACAACAUAGUGCGUCUCUGUCUGCCGCCAAAAUAAGCUUUGGCAACGCUCUGAUUGUUCUUCUAAACAUAUUGUGCCUUGGAAUUAAAAUCAAAAACAUUACCAGAAGGUGGCGCACUCCAGUUCAUCCGGUUCAUUUUAUUUUCAUCAAGAUCACAUCAAUACUGCACAACCAAAUGCCAUUUCAUCUAAAUCUUUUUUUUUUUUUUUUUU